AGACCCAACAAGAUUCAGACAUAUACGAACCGUCUAAAAGAUGAUUUGUCCCAUAAGCCCAACAUUUGUCCGACACACAUAACGCCACUCCCCAAGUAGGCAUAAAAAAAAAUUGGGAGAGAGAGAGAGUUAGAUGAUAUCUAUCAGAGUGGUCUCGGCAGAUGCAAGAUCAAAGCGGCAGUUCUUGUCCGUUCGAAGAAAUCUCGACAUUCGGAGAAGAUAAGGUGCUGAGAUGCAUAUAGGUCACGGCUAUUAGUCAGCGUUUGCUUUAUGGAGCCUCGAGAAAACCAUGCAGGGGCUUCAUGUACAUUCGGUGAUCGAUCAAGCAGUGAUAUAGUUGUGAGGCUAAGAAACGAGGAAGGCCGUGACGACUGGAUAUACUGCCACUCCAAAAUCCUUAGUGAGAAGAGCAAGUAUUUCGCUGACCGUCUCUCUGACAAGUGGCCUACUUGCAAGAUUCUUGAUUCCCGGUACUGUGUGGAAGUCUACUGUCAAGAAUCAGACUAUGACCAUCACAUCAAUCUGUUACGGCUUCUGUAUGUUGUUUCCGAUGUCUUGGAGGAUAACUCGUGGCAUAACGUGAAAAAUGCACUGGGUGUUCUCCGGGUGGCCAUAGAGCUCGGAUGCCCCAAGAUCAUGACUGCUUGUGUGAACUACUUGGAAGCUGUUCCAUGGGAAGAGGGCGAGGAAGAGGAGAUUUUGAGGAUUAUACCUGGGAUGGGAUCGGAGGCAGAACCUAUUCUUGCUCGUCUUCAACCGGUCAACCCGUCAGCUGUGAUGGGCAUCUUCAUGUCGGCCUUUAGAUUUGCUACAUCAUCCCCACCUCCCCCGAUGAACGACAUCAAAUCCUCGGCCCAAGAACAGCUUGAAUACAUGAUUACUGAAGAUGACGAUGGCCCUUUGUUGACGGCUGACGACAAAAUCAAGCUGGAGGUAAAGGAAUGUGUUAAGGGCCUAUUCGUUAGAUUCUUUAACUGCCUAGAAGUUAUGUUACUCAAACCAGCUGAGCCUGAAUCUUACGAAACCCGAGCAUUCCUCUUGCUUUUGUCGGAUUUGUCAUGGGCUUUUCAGAUCUUGACGAAGAUGGAGAUUGUGAGAGACUUUGUGAUAACUUGGGUAGACUCAUCCGACAAGGUGGUUAAGGUUGUCGAGAAACUAGAAACAACGCCAGAGAUGGUAGAAGUAAGAUUCAAGGUCAUAGAAGUGGCUUCGAAAGUUCUAGAGGCCAUAAGCUGUGGCACUGUCAUAUUACCGACUGGGAAACGGCUUCAGAUGGUAAAGCUAUGGCUUCCGGUGGUAAGAAACACGAAACCCUUGAUUGAUUCUGCCGUUACAGAUGACGAGGAAGCAGUCACGUUCAAGAUCGACGGAGAAAUAUGGCAGGCCACAGAAUCUUCCUUCGUCUCCAUAAUUCUUGCAUUGCCAUCUUCAGACCAGGCUGAGAUAUUGACGGACUGGUUAGGGAAGAACGGAUUAUAUCCAGACCUGACAGAAGCCUUCGAGGUUUGGUGUUACCGGUCAAAGGUUGCAAAGAGGAGAUUGGCAUUGCUCGGCAACGAGGACGGUAUGUCAUAACUCCAUGAUUCAGAACGAUCGAUCCAUUGAUCCUUUGAUUGCAUCUUAAUCUUUUUGUCUCAAACUCAAGGAGGGCUUAUGCAUGAAAUGAAAACUGUUUUAAACUGGGGGGGGGGUCUUCAUCUCCCUCAGGCUCAUGAUUAGGUCUCUUAGUCAACCCUUUUGUGUUCUUUGCCAAUUAUGCCUUGGCAGUCCUUCGAAUUUGUAAAUACUGUGACAAGAUCGUCUCUUUAAUCGUAAAGAAGUUCUGAAAUUUCUUGUUCAGUCUGGUUAGGGAAGAGUUCUUGCUCUGUUUCAUCUCUGUUUUUGUGGAUCUAUAUAUUACAGACUUAGUUUCUUGUAACCAA